AAAUUAUAAACUCUAAAAAAUAAAUAAUAUAACCAAAAGUUUUCACUUCCCGCCUACGCGUCUAAUCUAAAAUCAGUCGCACCAAAAUUGAGCUUCCACGUUGGCGAUCCAAGUGAAUUCAAACCCAACCAAUCAAAACACAAAUCUAAAACCUAUUUCCACGUUGGAAAUCCAUGUAUCGUAAAACAAAUUCCACGUUGGCGAUCUGCGUGAAAGCCAAACAACCAAUCAGAAAGUACCUUUCACUUCUAUAUAAACCCAAAGCGCAAAAAACCAUAUCUCCGUAUCCCACCAAAAGCAAUUUCAAACAUUCCUAAAUCUCACUUUCGCUUAAUUUCCUCCUUGAAAAAAAAAAUUCUUCAUCCAUGAGCUCUGCAGCAACAACAACCAAAGGAGGCCGAGGCAAGCCAAAGGCCAAAGCCAUUUCCAGGUCUAGCAAAGCUGGUUUACAGUUCCCUGUUGGACGCGUUGCUCGUUUCCUGAAGAAAGGACGAUACGCCGAGCGUGUUGGAUCUGGAUCCCCCGUUUAUCUCUCCGCCGUCCUCGAAUACCUCGCCGCUGAGGUGUUGGAGUUGGCUGGAAACGCCGCAAGAGACAACAAGAAGAACAGAAUCAUUCCGAGGCAUAUUCAAUUGGCUGUGAGGAACGACGAAGAGUUGAGCAAGCUGAUGGGAGGUGUGACGAUUGCAAAUGGAGGGGUUUUGCCUAAUAUUCAUCAGAAUUUGCUGCCAAAGAAGAAUGGGAAGGGAAAGGGCGAUAUCGGUUCCGCUUCUCAGGAAUUUUAGGGAGUAUUCAUUAGUACAUCAUGUCUCUUACAUUGGUUGGGUUCUGUUGAUAGCAUGUGAUGAAAGUAUGGUUUUACAUGUGUAAAUCUCUUCCUAAGUAAUGAAAGGGUAGAAUUGAAUUUUGUUCCAGCUUUUUGUGCAGUUGCUCUCUCUUUAUUUAUUCAUGUUUCUAAAAUGUCAGCCAAUUCGAAUUCCAUUACAUUAUUAUUAUUAUCGUUCUUCGACGAGCAGCUUUGAAGGGUGUUCGAUGAAUCAAGCUUAAAAUAAAAAAAAAAAACUCUGAUAAAAGAAAUGUGCACUAGCUGUCUGUAAAAAUGGUUAAAGGAGUUGUGCCUUUAUUUACUUUGUUUUGGGAUACGAGUUAUUUAUGUUAUAGCAGGUAGAAGGGAGAGGAUGCUGUGAUUGUUUCCCCUCGAUGAAACUGUUCCGGCCACUCUGACAAUAUAAACAUGCAGUCCAUAUUAUUAGAAACAGGCAAGACAACCUCGGAUGGUCAAAAAUAAAUAAGAUUUGCUUGGUUGUUGCGGACAAAACAGCGGCUCACGUGGUGGUUUGGGGGGUAGGAAGCGUGACGCGUUUGAGCCAGGUAACAUUAUUAGGAUGGAGAGCGGCAUUUUCUUGUACAACAAGAACAAUUUGGUGUUGAGAGCAGUCAGAAGGUGGGGAGAGUUUACCAUGGAAUUUAUGGAAACAC